AUGUCUUCUUCAUACAGUAGAUACAAUUCUCAAUCUUACGCUCCAUCCGCACCGGAGUUACCUCCACCUUCUAACCACACCCCUCCUAAUACCACAUACACCCAAACCUCACCUCCCUCUUCAACCUACAACAACUACCCCCACGGUUAUUCUUACGGCCAAGCUCCACCGUCUGGUUACCCUCCACUUACUUCCUAUGUUUCUUCGUCUUCUGGAUAUUCGAAUUUUCCGCCGGGAACAAACCCUGAUGUUAUUAGGAGCUUUCAGAUGGUAGAUAGAGAUCGAAGCGGUUUCAUCGAUGAUAGAGAAUUGCAACAGGCGCUUUCUUCUUCUUUUCAUAAUUUUAACCUAAGAACUAUUCGUCUUCUUAUCUUUCUCUUUAAACAUCCCAAUGAAUCCCUCAGAAUUGGGCCAAAGGAAUUUACGGAGCUUUGGAGUUGCCUUGGUCACUGGCGAGGCAUAUUUGAGAGAUACGACAAAGAUAGGAGUGGGAAAAUUGAUCCAUUAGAGCUAAGAGAUGCUCUGUAUGGUAUUGGCUAUGCAGUACCUGCCUCGGUUCUACAACUUUUGCUUUCAAAGUACAGUGAUGGAAGUAGUAGGAGGGUUGAACUGGGGUUCGACAGUUUUGUAGAGUGUGGGAUGAUUAUCAAGGGUCUGACUGACAAAUUUAAGGUUAAGGACAAGCGUUACUCGGGAUCCGCUACACUUUCGUAUGACGAAUUUAUGUCUAUGGUCAUUCCUUUCCUUGUAUCUUAUGAUUGA